GUUCGGUUGGAUUUUUCCCUAGCGUUGUUCCGCCGUCGAUUGUGGGGCGGUUUGUCGUAGCGAUUUCGGCCUCAACCGGGUACGGAAGUAGAUUUGCGGUGGGAGGGUGUGUGAACUGAUUUUCCCAGCAGGAAUCUGUUGUUUUAUCGGAUUUUCUCGGUGUAGAUUUUUGGAGUCAACAAAAAGGAAAACGUCGCAGAAGAGCGGCUCGAGAAAGUUGAGGAAGUCGGGAUUGGAGAUGACGAUCCCUGAGGCACUAUUUCUAGAAGAUUGGGACACAUUUGUGAACAGCUCACGUAGAGUUAUGUGAACCAAAUGUAUGGAUGGCGUCAAGAUGAAAUAGUUGAUUGAAACAGUCUAUAUUGAGUUGGAUGAAAUGUGUUUACUUUCAUAAGUACGUGUAGUAAAAAAGUCGAUUGGGAGCAGAGAAAAGCUUGAUAAUAAGAUUGCUGAUUAUGAAAGGGAGAUAUGCUUACCUUGGAAAAAUAUCCGGCUCUUCGUGACCAUUACAGAUCCUGUUGAAAAUGAAUCCUAAGUGAAGUGUUGAAAUAAAACCCAGCGAAAAUGCGCUAUCCGGUAAAUCUGAUUCAGACCGAUAAUCCGGAAUGCACGACUUAAUCGGGAUGAGCUUCGAAUAACAGCAUGUAAUCAGGAUUACCAUUUACGCUGAACUUUCCCAUGCUUCCUAACGAGUGCUGUCCAUCCCCCUCCACAUCUGAAUAAUCCAAAAGAAAGAAAGAAAUCGAAACACCGGGUCGAAAAAAGCUUGACUGCGCUGUUUUAAAAAGAAUCUUACACAACUCUCUUCCCAUUGGAGGAAACCCUCAGCAGCUAAUCUCGGAAGCACUUUAGGACCUGUCUCUGCGCCUCCCCUGGACAUUACUCGGGGACUGUCAUAACCGUAAAUUAAGCGUUCAUUUAUAUGCUAAACACUUUUCGUUUCGGUCGGUAUUCUCCCCAAAGUUUCCGCUUUCCUGUUCGUUUCCCACACAACUUUGACGUCGUCAUCCAUGGCCACUGGCCUACAACGUGUGUAUAAGUGUGCUUUCCAUAUUCCCGAAUUCUUGAAUGUGAGACGUGUGUCCUUAAAAGCUUUCAGCCAUCGCGGAUAACCAAAGAGCAGCAAAAAGGAAAAAAAAAAGAUCGAGUCCGUCUGCCAACAACAACAUCAUCCAAGUGUGCCAAGAGCUCCAAAGCUGGCUAUGUUUCCAGGGAGGGGUGUGAGCUGCAAUAAUCGUAAAAGUUGAAUUGUUUUCAGCUUUCGUCCACAGCCUCCUGAGUUUCGUUUUGGGUUUGGGUUCUCUGUCAGUGUGGGGAGGAAAAAUGAAAAAUAAAAGAGUGAACCGAAAGGAAAUGUGGCAAAAAGGUGUGCGCCGGGAAAGGAAAGUUGCUGCUGUUGCUGUAUCGGCCCUCACGAUUGAGUGAACGGCAGAAAACGGGAAAUGUGGGAAAAGCACCGGAAGCGGCCUGUUUUCCACGAGGACCCAGCGCAAACAUUCUACGGGUAGUCAGGCGGCGCGUCGGCCGCGGGUUGUCGAUAAUACUUUACGGUGUGAAAGUGGUGGCAAAAUAAAAACAAAACCAAGCAGCCCAGUACGUUUUUUUCUGCUGUCUAACGUCAGAUGACGCAACAGUGAACAGCACAGGGUCGAACCCUUCUCUAGGGGGAAAAACGAGGGGAGAAAAAAAAUAAAACGAGGCUACUCAAAGCAGUAGCCUGAAGAUAAAAAAAAACCAGAGCAGCUGGUGUAAAGAUCUGGCAGCAGAAGAAGCAAACGAAAGAAUAACUGCAGCGCAGCGGAAGUGAAGUGAAGUGAGCAAGAGCAAGCAAAAGCAAGAGGCUGCAACAAUGUGGUUGCAAAAGCUAGUGCUAGUGUACUUGUUGGCGUUGUUCAACUCACUGGACGGAUACUUUCUGGAUAAUAAUAACUUACAAAACACCGGCCACCAUCGGAGAAAAGAAUCCCUCGAAGCCAAAUCGUCGCAUCGGAACGCACUGAGUUCGCUGAGACACGAGAGUCAAUUCAUAACCAAGAACAACAGUAGAGUAGUUAGUCAACGAGGGGGCCUCGCGGUGCUGCCCUGUAGUGUCACCAUGUCCACACCCGCCACUGUAUCAUGGUUCCGGCGGAAAGAUUAUCAGCUGCUAACGGUCGGUCUGUCAACCUACAGUAGCGAUGACCGGUUUCUGGUGGAGCACACGCGCCAUCUCGGGAACUGGGCGCUCCGGAUCAAGAACGCCCGCAAGGAGGACGAAGGACUGUACGAGUGCCAAAUUUCCACCCAUCCGCCACAGUCGAUUUUCAUCGAGCUUAGGAUCGUAGAGGCAGUUGCCGAAAUUCUGGAAGCACCCGAUUUGCAUAUAGACGAGGGCUCCACCCUGAGGCUGGAGUGCAAACUGAAACGUGCCACCGAGAGCCCGCUGUAUGUCUUCUGGUACCACGAGGAUCGAAUGGUCAAUUACGACCAGGAGGAUGGCAUCUCGGUGUCUACCAAUAAGCUUACAUCGAGCGUGCUGACGGUGCGGAAUGCCACGGCCAGACACGGGGGCAACUACACCUGUUCCCCGGCCAAUGCACGACAAUCCAGUGUCUACGUGCACGUGCUCAAAGGUGAGAAGCCAGCCGCAAUGCAACAUCCGAACAAAAGUCCCACAGUCGCAUCCAGCAGCAGCAGCAGCAGUAGCAGUAGUUCGAGCAGCUGUGUCAGUUCCCUGUCCCUCAUUUCUGCGGUCUUCAGCUGUCAUUUGCUGCUAACGAGGAGGAGGACGCUAGAGACGGCGACGGUGGUGGUCCCGAGAACGGCUCCCAGCAGCAAUAGUUGCUGCGGCUGCUGGUUGAUGACCUUGCCACUCUUUCUGCUGCUUAUUUGGACUCGCUUCUGGUCGUCCUCGUCUCGUCUUAGAGAUUUUUCUGCGAUUCUUCCACCCACAUCAUGUUCCACUUUUGCAGCGGCAACAGCUUCGGCAAGCUCUUGCUGUAGUCGAGACAGCAGCGAAAGCGACGUUGAAGCAGAAGAACUGCCUGCGGAAUGUACGUCCAUUCCGUGUCGUCUCGGUCGUGAAUCCUCCUGGCUCAGACGGCGCCGUCGACGAAGGCACGCUAACGUCCAUCCCAGUAGGCCAUGCUGCUCGACAACUCAAACUCAAACGUCAGUCUCGUGUAUACUAUAAAAGCUGAGAUGAAAGAGACAGAAGGGAAAAAUUGAAUCAUUUGAUGUGGUUUUGUUGAAGCCAGCGCAGAGGAAAAAUUUCGCUGUACGUUACAGAAUCUAGCAAAAUAUGUUGUUGGCGUGUUUUCUGAAAUAAAAAACACACAGAGAUUGAUGAGAAAAAAAAUUGUCAGACCGGUCUAAUUUGCGAACUUUGUUUCUACGAUCAACAGAAGAAGAAAAAAACUGAAAAGUGCAUAUAAAGACAACAUCAACAGAACAGACACACAAAAAACAAGUAGGCUAUAAAUGAAAUAUGAAUAUUUUGUACAGGUUUUCUAGUAUUAAAUGGGUUAAUCUCAUUCCUAAUCUAAGCAGGCGUUGAGUUUCGGAAGCGCAGAUUGCGUUCAGACUAUUUAGGCUAGUUGCGAUUCAAUGUAUCCGGAGUGAGUGAGUGUGUGUUUGCGAAAGUUGGUUUUUUUUGGGGAAAUUGAGCUUGGAAUAUCAUUCAUUUGUCAUCAACAAGUAAAUAUUCUCGAAAAACAAUCACCACGAGACGAAAUUCAAAAAUGCCAAACAAACUUCAUUGCAGGAAAGAAAUCAAAUCUCUGAUCGGCCAGAGGAAGAUGAUUUUUUUCACAUGGGGCCACCCCUGCAAUCGAUUCGCAACCGUGCAACUUUUCGCCCAAAUGAACCCAACUUGGAAAUUGCCCCUUUGCUCGACCCUUGACGAGCGGCUCGGAAAACGGCUAUCGCUCAAUCAAGUAUUGAUUAAACAAAUAGAAAAGGCUCUGUCCGGAAAGCCAGUCUAACUGAGAGCACCCAAAUGGCAGCGACCGACGACGGCAGACUUUCUUGCUUCUCGCCUCCGUUGCUCCAGAAAAGCCACCUCUACAAGGAAUGGGGGGAUGAUUAUAAGCAGGGAAGCAGAAAAAGUUUGAACAGCUUUUCUUCGAGUAGGUUGCACCCGAACAUGCCGCCUGAUUCACUUUAUUUUCAACAAUGGAAGGUAGCGACGUGAUGGCUGGGCUGGAAAAAAUUGACUUUUUAAAGUUUUCGUUUCGUUUUUUGUCUCCGUUCAAGAUCUGAAGUAUUGACGAGCUUGCGAAUAUUUUGUACAUUUAAAUUUUACUUUUUUUCGCCCAAGCCGGCAGUUUUCUACGAAGGAAGGUACCUAGUAGGAAAAAAAAUCAACUGGAACGAAACCGGCUUUUUUCUGUUCUUCGAAGAAACAGCCGAAAGUUUCUUUCUGCACACCGUUUUUCUAGUGCUUAAAAAGCAGAUGAAAUCAUGAAUAAUACCGACUCAUCUAUUAUGCGACUUAGCAUAACUGAUGACGUUGUGGCGACGUCGACAAAGACGAACACGAAAAAAAAUGUCAUCUCGAGGAAGUUGUUUGCCUGCUCGAAAGCCUGUUUGAUUAUUUCGAAACCCGGUUUGGCAUAACAAAGCUCUUGAAAUUUACCUUGCUUUAAGUUUGAGACGUAGGAUUGAAAAAAGUCGUGAAUUAAAAAAAAAUUGUGAAGCAAAUAAAAAAACACACUUUUUCUCAAAUUGAAGGAAGCAUAAAUGCUAGAUUAGGGUCUUUCUUAUUUCUUUUCAAUAUUUUGGAUUUAAAAAUUUUUGACAAAAAAAGACAUUAAAUUGGGAAAGCCGUGAUGAAUUUGAUAUUUUCCCUUUAGUCCGAUGAACCGGCGAAAUAAUGAAAUUUAUUUUUUUGAAGAUGUGAAUAUGACAAACAAAUGCAGAGUUAAAUUUCAGUAUAUUUUGUUGUUUUUCAAAUCAAUUAUCAAUCUUUAAAUUUUAAUAUAUAUUUAUGGAAUCAUCAGUUCAUUUAACUCUUUUUUUGAAAUUUUUCUCAGACUUUGAAUAUGUUUUUCAGUUAUAUUAUAAAAUUAUUAAAUUUUAAAUUUUGUUCAAAUCGGUAGGAAAACAAGAGGUAUAUCUAGAGCAAUUUUAACCUUCCUUUGCUGUUAGGGUCUCUAUGACCCGAACUGUACCUAUGGUUGAAAUUCAUGUUUACUCCCAAGCAUCCUUCCAGGGUAAUGAUGUUUGGAGCAGCUACUACGAAUAGAUUGAAGAUGCGUCCUGUUUUCAUAAAAUCGGGAGUAAAUGUUAAUACUGAAUACAUGGACAUUUUAGAUAAAUCAGGUGCUUCCGUAGACUCGUGCAAAUUCAGGUGAACCCUAAAAUGUUUUUUUUAACUAGAUCGAGCCCCUUUGUACCUCAAAAUAGACUCAAACUUGGCUGGAGGAGAAUAUGAAGUUUUAUCCGAAGCAUCUUUGGCCACCGAGCAGUCUGGAUUUCAACCCUUCCGACUAUUUGAUAUGAGCGUAUGUUCAGGCGAAGGUCUGUGAUUCCUCUUACCCAAGUUUCGAUUUCCUGAAGGCUUCCAUCUCUGAGGUGUAAACUAGACUGAGCCGAUUUAGGUUCAUUUUGGAUUUUUUUUUUAGCCCUGGAGUCUUAAAACCUUCGUUCUGGUUCAAAACUCAUCCAUGAUUUAUUUCAGAUUUUUUAAGUAACGUUUAGAUGAAAAAAUUUCAAUUUUUAUGCUUGUAUGGGAAAAUCCAACACCAUUUUUUUUCUUCUGUGAAACCGAACCUGCUGAUGGUUUUUGUGCGAAUUUAUGAACUAUUGGAAGGAAAUUUUCUAUUGAAAAACUUUGUAGAAAACUGUAACUUUAUAUCUUAUCACGAAAAAAAAAGUUAUUAGCUGAUGAAUAAGGGUACGGCUUUUUACAUAGAAAAACAAUCAAAUAAUUUGACAUCACUGCUGGUGCCUAGAGGACCUCGAGAGUUUUUUUCUUGCGAAGUAGUCAUGCAAUACCUUGCUGGGUUUUAUAAUUUGACCAAAAAAAAACCAUCAGCAAGCUGGGUUCCACGUAAGAUACAAAAAUGUUGUUUAUUUUACGAUCAAAAUGUUAAAUUUUCCCAUAAAAACAUAAAAAUUCACAUGGACUCAUAUUUACGUUACGUAAAAAUUUUGCAAACAAUAAAAUAAUGGAUGAGCUUUAAAUCAAUACGAAGCUUUUUAGAUCCCAGGGUUUGAAAAAUUCCAAAUUGAACCCAAAUCGACUCAGUCUGGGGUAGGUUUUAAGCUCAGAGGCUCAAAUUGUGGAAGUAUGCUCCCGGUUUUGAUCGGGCCGGGAGAGAGUAGUUUAAAACAGUAGUUUAAACGGUUGAUUGUUUUUAAUUUGUUUAUCUACAGUACCGUUCAUAAUUGUAUAAAAAUUGGAUGUACGCGCACUGUCACUUCGAAUUUGAAUUUCCAUUACCUUUACUCUGUUUUUUAUUUUCUUAUGAAAUUGUCUGCGUAAGAUAGAUUAACUUUCACACUAUUUGAUCACAAAAUAAGAGCUUGUGUGGCCUGAGAUACAUAGCAAAAAAAGUAUUGUGAUAUUAUACCAAAUACCUGCACAAAACUUGAGUCGCAAAUGGUACCUAAUUUUAAAUUGCCUUGAUGUACCCGGCGGUUUUUAGUCAAAGAAUAUGUUUCGUACCGCUGAUCCAUAUGAGCUAAAUUUCCUGAAAAAUGAAAAAUAAUGAAAUUAUAUUUGAAGCUGUGGGUUUGCUUGCAUUUUUAAUUAAUUUUGGUAAUACAUACUUACGAGCCAAACAAAUUCAGCUAAGGUCCGUAAUCCGUUUCUUGAUUUUUGAAAUUCAUUCACGACGUAUUCGCGUUGUGCAAUGUUUUGCAGUCGCAGUUAUCCGUACAAAGGUUGACUGGAAAGCGGUUAGCGUGUAGAACUCCGACAGAUUUUACACUGAUUUGACAGUUCGCACGAAUGAACGAUUUCGCACAAAUAUCGCAGUCAUUAGUGCGCAGUUCAAUUUAGUGCGCUGCGAUUAAUACAUCAUUUAAAUGUUUUAUUGCAAAACAAAAUCCGUAAUACACCAUCAUCUCCAGAAAUUACAUCAUCCAUCGUUACAUUUUUUUUCCCUGUGUAUAUCUUAUUUUAAUCGCCGCUGGGAUAUAUUCUUAUUUAAUUUUUGGCAUUUCGGCGAGUUGUGAAAAUUCAAGGUAGAAUAUUUAGAAAGAACAUGAAAGUAUUAUAGGUGGAAAGAUCAAAGCUAGAGCGCUUUGGGUAGAAGAAAUUGAAUAGUUGGUGAAAAUGUGAGCAGGGCUUCUGUUGUGUGAACAGCUUUUAAACUACUUGCGUGAUUCUUUGCCGCGCGCCAUUUCAAUGUUGAUAGGAAGCGAUGAAGAAACCCAUCGCAUUCCUACCCACAUUGAAACACGGACGGGUCGAACACAUGUGAGAUUGUGUCCGACCGGGCAAAAAAUCACCCAAGCAGCGCUCACAUGUGCUGUUCUAUUGCUAAGCCAAUUCUAUCGAUGCGUGCUACUUUCUUAGGUACAUCGGAUGGUUGCUACUUUUGUUUUCGCAUAUUAUCCAUCCGAUGCCUUACUUUUUUGCCAAAUGCAUCGUGGUGAAUUGUGUUGUAAUUUUUUCUACCCAAAGCGCUCUAGCUUUGAUCUUUCCACCUAUAAUACUUUCAUGUUCUUUCUAAAUAUUCUACCUUGAAUUUUCACAACUCGCCGAAAUGCCAAAAAUUAAAUAAGAAUAUUUCCCUGUGUAUAGUAAUUCUACGAAAAUCGGACUUUCUAGACAUAUAUCAUUCAAACUGCAAUAUCUCAGUAACUACUCUACGCUUUUUAUUGAAAUUUUGCUGAGUGAUUUUUGAAAUUUAAAGUAAGAAUGUCUGAAAUUUUUGGAAACUUCUUUCGAUGGGUUCAAGUUUUAGUCAUAAACUUAAAAAUGCAAUUUCUAUAGAAUUCUGUAGAUUUAUUUUAUUCUAACUCUACAUCUUAUUCAAAAGAUUUCCAUAGAAAUUUGGAAAGACAAGUAUUUCUGACAUUACUGAAGAAUGCUUGAGAAAAAGUGUUCUAUUUUAUAUGACAAAUUUAUUGAUGUCUGCAAAAAGUUUUGAUUUUUGCUUUUUAAAAUAUCUCAAAUGAAAUUUAGUUAAUUCUGUUUUAAAAAAAAAACCUCAAAAUAAAAUAGAUUUUUAACAGAACUGGGAAAAGUAAACAAAUUCACGAGCCCAUUAAAAUUUCAUUCAUUCGGGAUUGCAAUUGUUAGUGUUCAUUCCGGUGUGUGAACUUUUUGCUUUCCCGAUUGCUUGGAUUGGCAAGUAAGGACUAAACGAGUUCACUACGAAUUGCAAAUUGAUUGAACUUUGAUGUGAUUUUUCUAUGCUUGAGGGCAGAACCUAUAGAAGCUUAGACAAAAUCUCAUUUUCAUUUUUUUUUUCCAAAUAAUAAAUUGAUGUUUAUAAUUUUGGAAACAAGAUUGAUAGCGCAUCUCAAAUCUAUAAAAAAAAUUUGAAAAAUUUAAUGUUUUACUAAAUACGAGAAGAUGGGGUGAAUAGUUUGUGGAAAAUGUGAAAAAAUAUUAGAUAUCUUUAUAGCUAUGUAAAAUGCAAUUUAUUCAAGACAAACGUUCACCAAGUUUUUUUUUUCAAUUUUCAUGAUUUUUUUAGAUUUUAAAUUUACAAAAUACCUUGUCUUAGUUAUAGCGAGAAUAGCAUGACAUAAAAAUGCAUAGACUUUCGCCAGUUUUAAACAUCUUAAAGUAUAAUUUUUCAGCAAAAUUCAACGUCAAAAUAUAAACAUCAAUGUUUAAAUGGAAAACGAAGUUUCAACUUUAUGAAGAUACAAAAAGUAGUUGUUAAUUCGUGCUAAUGAAAAAGUUCUUAAUUUUUUUUGUAAGGCAUGUGUUUGGUGUUCAUCAUGAAAUUUUAAUAAUUUUUCUCAGUAAUUCGUUCUUGAAAUGGGAGCCUACUGCUUAGGGUGAGUUUUUUGUGAGUUCAAUAAUACUUUCAAUUUUUCACUUCAAUAACUCAAGAACUUCACUUCAAAGAUUUGAUUCAAUUUUUCAACAUGGAUUCUUUUGCAGAAUUUAAAAAAAAAAUACUCAGUGAGCGGAAGAGUUAGCAUUUUUAAUCUUUAACUUCAUCAUAUCAUAUCAUUUUAUAAACGAAAAUACAGUAGUUUUUUGAUUUUAUUACGCUCAAAAAAAAUUUCAAAUUGAAAAUGACGAAACCGGGAAUUUGGCGAAACUAAGAUUAUUGCAAAAACUAGUAUUCUAACUGUCUUAAAUUUUUAAUUUUAUUGUCCUUAGUGGUGUAAAGGUUUUGUAUAUGUGUUUAAAGCAGUUUACCUUACACAAUGAAUCAACUUUAGUUCACAAUACUCUUCUCUGUAGUUAUCUGUCGAUUUUUCUUCAAAGUGAGAGCAUAUUAAAUAUCAAUUGAAUAGUGUUAUUCUCAUUAAAAAGGAAGAAAUGAGUGAUGCUCUUUUAUGGAAAACAGUCAUUAUAUCUUAUACCGAUUCCUCUUAAGCCGAGAUUCAACGAAAAAGGCAUCAAAAAUCUGUCUUUAGGAUCGUCGUCAAUUUUCAACAGAGGCAAUUUUUUCAAAUUGAACAUUCAAUUGAACAAACGAAAAGUUGACUCUUUUUUAAAUGUGUGAAUUUGCACUCAAUGGGUUGUGCACAUGUGUGAAUUCGCAACUCAGAAUUUUUAAAUCGUGCUUUCUUGAUACAAGUUUUUGGCUUUAAAAAUCUCAUAUAAUUUUUUUUUUUUGAUAAUCUCCUCUUUACCAUAUUCUUCGAAAAAAGAUUUUGAGUCAGUCUUGCAUAUAAAAACCACGGCAAGCAGAAUUUCAUCUUUUCAAAAAAAAUAUUCCUUGAGAUAAAAUGAAUCUCCUUUUAAGAAAAAUAACUUUAACCUGCAUUUUUAUAUGAUUCGCAUAACCAAUGCUUCAGAUGCAAUUUAGUUUGUCGAUGUAAUAACGCAGUGUAACGUUGAAAUACUUAUGUCGAUGAAAAAAAAGGUUUUAAAAUUCAGAAUCACGAUUUGAGACACUAUAAAGAUUUAUUCAAUAAAAUAUAUAAACAAUUGCAUGAAAUUUUUACAUUAUACUUACAAUGCUCAUAUUUUAUACCAUAAACCAUUCAAAACACCAUGUACAAAGGAGCUCUUCGUUUUCUAAUAAAUUUUUCAGAUAUUUGAAAUGGUUUCUGAAUGAUUUUUAAAAAUGAGCAUGAAUUUGGUGAGUAGCGAAAAAAUCGAACAGUGUUAAAAUCGAAAAAUUACUAAACGUUAAAAUACUCAAAAAUUCAUAACUUUCAUAACUUAAAUUGACACUGCUUUUUAUCUUCGGAUUCAAAUGGUGGUUAUAAUAACUUUAUUAAAUUGCAAUAUUUUUUUUAAUCUUCAAAUCCUAUAAUUUUGAAAAAUUGUCUAACAAUCAUUCAAUCUUUUCAAUUUCUGUUUUGCGUUGAGAUAAGAAGAGAUUUUAAACAUGUAUUUAAAAAAAUGGAAUUCGAUAUUUUUUGGAUAAAUUUUUAACGAAAAUACGGGUUCAUUUACACAAAACUUCGAAAAAACAUUGUUUGGAACACCCCGAUGGAUUUUUUCUUCUGAAAAGUGUGUUGGAUAGGGCAGUGUCUUAUCUUUAUUUAAGAAAAUUUUUAGACAUGUAUUUUUUUCGUUUUGGAGUUAUAGUAAUCAAGGUAUGGCCAACUUUUCAUUAUUUAACCGACAUAUAUUUUCAAUUUUGUACCAUUCACAAAUGAAUUUAAAUACUGAGCUAGAAUAUCAACUUGUCAAUGAGAAAGCUUUUAUUACCGAGUACAUUUUCCCCGAAGACAUCAAACCUCUAAGAUUUGAUUUAAAGCAGUCACGAGGUUUUGCCCAGCACAAGCAGAUUAAGCGUCACUGUGCCCCGGAGACAAGCCAAUUCUCUGACCUCUACACCAAAUGAGAUCAAGUACGGCCUUAGUUGUGAACAUUCAAAUACUUAACUUUUCAUCUAUUAUGAGAAUCUUCCAGAACAUGAGGAAUCGACAAUUUUCAAUUUCAAUUUUCAAUUUUCUUGUUUUAUAGAAGAUUCCAUUCGAAUUAUUCAUUCUUCUGACUUCUUCACUAUCCUUGCCUCAAAAUUCACAUUUGCACUGAACACCAUUUUAUAAAUUUUCGUUAAAUAGAUGCAAAAUUGAUUUUUAAAGCUCUACAAUACUUUCCUCAGUCAUGAACAAAAUCCAGAGAACACCACACCGAUUGAAAAACACGUCCGGUCUCAAGCAGAGCUUGCUGCAACCAAUCACCAGUUUAAGGCAUUGCCAUUAAAAACAGCGAGACUUUAAAGCUUGAAAUAAUAAUAAUAAUAAAACCGAAACGAAAGGUUUUUUGGGCUCAAAUUAUGUCUCAAAAUCUAUAGCAGAUAUAGAUUUAAAAAAAAAAUCAUACUCGAUAAUAAUUUUGAUAUCGUUGAUAUCGUUCGGCUUUCUAAACAAGGAAUCAAAAAUUUCUGUACCUAGACCCUUAUAGCUCCAUUUGUUGCUUUAUAUGUUUUAAAAUCUUUUUUAUAAGACUUUUUAACUCAAAAGAUUUUAAUGUUUUGAUUCAUGAAUCUUGGUUUCGUUACGACAGUUUACAAGUUUUAGCCGGUAAACUAAAACAUUGAAAAAAAAAAAUCAUGAUUUAUAUAGUUUAAAUUUUAAAGUUGUUGAGGAAUUACUCCGUGAAACUAGAAUACUUUACUAUAGCCCAUGAUAUGAAUCCAAUCACUCGUCAACAAUCAACCCAAUUAUAUUUUUUCGAUAUCAAAACAAAAAGUUGUACUCUAGUAAUUCCAGGAGGUUGAACAAUUCACGAAUUCGCAAUCACAAAUUCAAACUUUCAACGCAUAAACCGGAUGGCCAAGCUCAAUUACCAGGAGAAAAUUGUAGGUAGGUAAGUACGCAAGAGAUAUGGAAGAUUAUAACGAGGAAGCAAAGCACGCAAAAAAAAAAGUUAAAUGAAUGAACGAACGAACGAACGAACGAAUGAGAGUGAACGCGCGCACAAAGAGAUUAAGGAAUUACCGUUAAAAAGAUAAUUAUUCGUUUCGGAUUACGCUAACUUCCACGUCGUUCUGCGUUCGGCCAUGCCGGACAAUUUAACAGAAGAAAAAAAAAUCUGAAUGAGGAUGAGAACGAGGGUACACACACAAAAAAAAACCCUCGAGUAAAUGAGAAAUAAAAAUUAAUUGUUGUUAGAACUGUUGAGGAUUUGUGCGGCCAACCUGGAAAAACUCGCCGCACAAUGCUGGAUGAGAGUGGAUGGGAGAGAAAGAAAACUGUAAGUGGAAAGUUGUGACAACUCAUAAUUGUGAUUGAAAUUUUUAAUGACUUUAGCAAAGGAGUGGUUAAUUGAAAUGAGACUCGUUCGGUAAUUUACACACGCAUAGGAAAGCUGACGGAAUGAAACUUUUAAAAUGGAACAAGUUUUCCCGAAAGAAGUUGGAACCGAAUGUUGAAUCGAGAGAAAACAAAAAACGAGGUCAAAUCAAUUAGAUAAAAGUAGGUAAUUCAAAAAGUUAGUGUAAUGAGUUUUCUGAGUUGGAAAUAAUGACACUGAGAUUGGAACAGUGACAGUACAUUGUGCGUGUGAGUUGAGGAUGUGAAACGACAACCUGUCGGUGUAAUAUAAAUCUUAUUUAAAACAAAAAAAAAAACAAUAGCAAUUAUACACAACCCAGAAAAUUCGAUACCGAGCAAACAAAGAUGGAAACAUCGGAAAACAUUAACUGAUUACG